CAACAAAACAUAAACAAAUGCAAAUUUUAUCAACGAAUGUAAACAAAUUCUAUUAAUUUUGAAUUUAUUGCAACAUUUGUUAAAUUUUCUUAUUAUUUUUAAUAAAAAAAUUCCACAAAAUGUCUGCCCAAGAUCAAAGGAAUGAUAUUAUACAAGAAUACAUACCAGAAUUAGUAAGAUUAUUAACUGGUUUUGCGGAUGAUGAUAUCAAUAUGGAACAUUGUGUACAUUUUGGUUGGAAUAUUAUACGCAAUCAUCGUAAUUUGAGUACUAACAGUCAUGAUGUACGCCGCAAAAUUGAGGGCAUACAAGAACGUUUUCGUGCCGAAAACUGUCCAGAAUAUGCCGACUAUUUGGGUAGACUUUGUGAUGAGGUUGUUAAGCAUCCUUUGUGUGUGGAUCACUAUGAAGUGGAUGUUCACUGGUCUCUUUUGGACUUUUUAUUUACAUUGGCCUAUAAUCCGACGGGUGCCUUGAGAAAGAAUAAAAAUAAAAUUGUCAUUCAACCGGUGGCAAGUGAAGAGGUUAAGGAACAGGAUGAGGAAAAGGAAUAUUGGAAGAAUGUUCUGCAAGAGGAUUUUAUACCUGUGUCAUCAAAUUUUAGCAGUGAUUCAGAAUUAAGCGAUUGGUCAGAAGACAAUGACGAUAGUCUAACAGCCACCAAUAACGAAGCAACCGUAGCUGAAAAUCUCCAUCUCGAAGAUGUAAAAAGUUUAACUUCAUUUAAUCAAUCACAAUUAGGAGAACUUAAACCACCUGAAAAAUCUACACCAUUUCGUAAAUUCGAUGCCACCAAUGCCAAAGAAAAACUCGAAAAUCUCAUACAACAUUCAUGGUGGAAGACAAAACGAAAUGAACACUGUAAUGCCAUAAUUGAGAGUAAAUUACAAGGUGCAAAUUUUGCCAUAAACUAUAAUAAAUAUUUAAGUGAAACCUCCAAUAAUUUAAUACGUUUUACCAUACCCACCACCAUAAGUGAACAGCAUGUAAUGCGUGAAAUCUUAUGGAUGUUUCAUAUGCCACAGAAUUGCAGUAUUUUUAGCAUAAAUGAUAACAAUCAAUUGAAACUAAAAGAUAAUGUAACCAUACCAUCCUGUAGUGUGAGCUCUUUUGACUCGUAUAUUCAAGAAAACUUUCUACCUUUUAUAAAUAUGAUGCAAAUAUUGAGAAAUUUCCAUAAAUCCAUAUAUAGCUGUGAGGAUCGUGUACCUCCCCGUACUUUAGAAUGUUAUGCUGCCAAUUUACAUUUACAUUUAGCGCCCAUUUGGCAAGAUUUAUUGGCUUAUGAAAAACGUUUGUUAGAACCACAAGAUUUUCAAAUUAACACCUUAAUUAAUAUGCGCUUAAUGCUAAGAGAUUCUAUGCGACAUUUGGAGGCAUUAUAUGAAUGUCAUCAGCAGGUUGUAAUAAACUGGCGUCAAUAUCCCUCCCACAUAUCAGCCGCCUUUCUAUUGGCCAGUUUAAUGCAUUGUUAUAAAGUAGAAACUGAUAUUGAAAAAGCGAACUUAUUUAUGUCUUUACUAUUGGCCUCUAUAAAAGUAUUUUGUGAAAUUAUUGAUACCUGGUGGACGGAGGGAAGAUUAGAUGAUUGGCAACAGGAAUAUAUUGUUGAAAGGGUCAGCAAUGUUGAUCAUACUGUUUGCAUGCGUGAAUAUUGUAAAAAUAAAAGUAAAGCCUUCUUUGUGCCCACGCACGUUAGCAAAAUGAUUGAAGAAAAUAGUGUUUUUCAUUUAAUACAAGAACAUUCUCUAGAGGCUGGUCGCACUCUGAAUCUGCUUUAUGAAAUUAAUCGUAUUGGUGAUUUGCGUUAUAACUGUGAUGCUAUGCAGGGUAAAUUAUAUAAUGUUUUCAUAGAAGAUCUGCUUAAGCAGAUCAAUACACUGCAAAGUGAAGUGGAAAAUGUAUAUAGAGCCAGCGCUAACCAAGAAGAUAUGUCCGAGGAUAGUGGUUAUUACAAUGAAGCUGCUACAAAUACUCCCAAGCCUAAAGAGAACAUUAUAUUGGAUAAUUUAACCACUCAAGAUGAUUUCCUUUUAAUGGCUUUUGCUUUGAAUACUAGUGAGGAAGAUUUAAGUGUUAAUAAGGCUUUUGCAAUAGAGGAACAGCAGGAUCUUGUUGCGAAUAAAAGUAGUGAACCUAUAAAUGCUCUCAACAUAUAUGAGACAUUGCAAAAGUCCAAAAACUAUUUGCCUUUGGAGGAAGCUGUCAUUAAUGCUUUAACCAGAAUAUUAAAAGUACGCAUUGCAUUUGCAAAUUGUUUUGUUAUGCGUCUAUAUCGCGAAGAAGUUAUGAUUCUGAAACAUUUACAGAAUAUACGCAAAGUUUUCCUAAUGGAGGCUAGUGAUUUGAUGCAUCAGUUUUAUAGUAAAUUAUUUCAACAGAUUGAAUCUGGUGUAACUUGGGCCAAUCCCUCUAUUCUCACCAUGCAACUUGACGGUAUUAUUUGUGCCAAAUUUCCCGAAAUGUCUUCACUUUUUCGUUUGGAAAUCAAUGCAGAAUUUCGUUGUGAAACCACCAAAGUAGUUGAUUGUGUUGAAGAGAUCAUUGUCACCUAUAACUUAAGUCGAGAAUUGGCCUACAUAAUUAGUAAUGAAGAUAUACAAUCUUAUAACAAAGUUUUCUGUUUUCUGCUAAAAGUCAAAUGGGGCAUUACCACGUUGGAAAAAUUACAAUUUGCUCGUAGUCACAAAAGACGCAUACCAUAUGCCAAAUUUGAAAUGAUCGAUUUAAUAAUGCGUCGUUUAGAACAGUUACGCUUUUGGAUGAUGUAUGCCAUACAAAGUGUACAUUUUCAUUUAAUGACUCAUGUCCUACAAUCAAUGGGUGAACAGUUAGAUAUUAAAAUUGAUAAUUGUGAGAAUCUUAAAGAAAUGGAAAUGGUUCACAAGUCCUAUUUGAGUACAGUGUGUGAACAUUGUUUUUUAACCGAAAGUGUUCAUACAAUUAAGACGGGAGUGGAACAGCUUUUGAGUUUGGUUUCAAUUUUACGCGGUGAAUGGUUGGGUUGUGUUAAAUACAUUGAAAGCAAUAGUCCUUUAGCUAUAGAUCUGGAUGAUAGUUCUGAUGAUUAUGCUGAUACUGAUUUUGUAACCAAUUCUCAAAUAGAUGCCAUGGAAUAUACCUAUAUUUGUUGUCAUCAAUACUUGGCCAAUGUUUUAAAUGAUCAGGUUUAUUUGCAGAAGAGGACAUUUUUGUCCGGUCUACGAGCUGCGUUUAAUACUAGUUUGCCUCAUUAGUAAGUAGAUUUUAUAAACCGUUUCAGUUGUUGUGUUGAUCAUUAUACAUAAAAGUAUUAAGAUAUACGAAUACAGGAAUAAAAUUUUUUUAUAUUUAUUAAAGAAAAAAAC